AUGAGGACGCGCUACCAGGGCCACAGGCCGACGCAGUCGGACUCGAAGCAGGACAGGAUCACCAAUAGUCAGGACACGGCCAUGCCGACCGGCCACGUCGAGAGCUCGCGCGGCACCGCGGCCGGGGGGCGCGCCUCCGCUGGCGGCGCCCCCGUGCACCGAAACGCCGGGCGCCACGCCGCCAGCGUGCGCUCCGACGGCAUGCCGCCCCCGAGGCUGCUCCACAGCGAAGCAGACAGCCCGAAAGGCGCGGUUCGAGGGGCCAACGGCCACCACGCCGACCACGCGGGCAACGGCCACGCGCUCCACGCCACCUGGGCCGGCACCGCGGUUCGAGUCGACGCCGCGCCCGCACGCGGCCCGCGCGGCGACGCCGGCCACGCCCGCCACGCGCCCGCCGCGCCACGCCCGCAGCCGCCCUCGAACGCCAGCUCCCAGCAGCGCGCGGUUGACCACCUCUACGCCGCGGAGGACGAGCUCACCGAGGGCGGCGCCGCCGUGGACGGCCCCGCCGUGACGGGGGUGACGGGGGCGACCGCGCGGACGGAGGACUCGGCGGAGAGCGAGGGCGGGCGCGCGUCGGCGUCGCCCGUGCGCUCCGGGAAGCGCGAGCGGCGUCCGACGAAGCGCAAGGUCGGCGCCCCGCUGCGGAUGAUCAAGCAGAAGUGGACCGAGGAGGAGGUCGCGGCGCUGCGGUACGGCGUGGAGAAGUACGGCGUGGGCAAGUGGCGGCUCGUGCAGAACGACGCGGAGCUGGGGCCGAUCCUCGCGCACCGCAGCAACGUCGACCUGAAGGACAAGUGGCGGAACCUGACUGCGGCACCCCACCCGCACAAGCGGAAGCGCGGCGCCGGCGAGAGCUGGUCGCACCCGCACGGCGACGCAGGCCAUGACAUGGACGCGGCGCUGGGUGGGCGCAGUCCGCCGGAUCCGAGCCACUCCGGCAUGCCGGCGGGGUCCGGGCGCGACGGCGCGGCGCACAGCGGGCCGCGCGGCGGGCAGCGCGGGCGGCGUCGCACCGCCGCGGCGCGGGUUCGGGGCGCGGGCACCACGGCGGGGCGGCCGGCCAGUCGGCGCGCGACCUGA